AUGUAUGGUAGUACCGGCGCUUAUUGGCAUUUCAUAGCCCCUUCCUUCUUUUUUUUUUUUUUUUGUUUUCUUUGGCUUUUAGAGGGAGGGGGACGUGACAACAUGGAUUCCCUGCCUGGUCGUGUGUCAUCCUCCCCGCCGCCGUUGUACUCCGUGUUGGGCGUGCCGGUGAACGUUAGUCAGGCAGAAUUGACUCGACAGUUCAAGAGGUUAUCACUGAAGUUGCACCCGGACCGUGUGGCGUACCGAAAGGAUACGGAAACGACGAAUGAGGCCCAGGUGCAGCAGCGCUAUCAGCGCAUCACUGAGGCGUACAUGGUUCUUUCCGACCCGGAGCGUCGUGCGGCGUAUGACACGAGGCAUAGUGUGAAUUUCUCCUCAAGGGUGACUGCCCUCCGAGAGGCGUUGGAGCGGAAUGAGGCUUUUGUAGCGCCUGUGGCAAAACGUCACUGCUCCGAGAGUGCCAGUGGCGCGGAGGGCAGGGGAAUGUCGGAAUCAUCCUCUCGUAAUAAGAAUAAGAGUGAUGGCGAUACGGACAAUAGUGGGGAGGACGAGGACGAGGAAUAUAUUCCGGAAUGA